AGUUAAAGUUUUUAUUAUAACCAGGCUUCUCUAAGGGAAGCCACUCCAAACAACAAUGGCUGCAGCAUUUGCUAGAGGUCGAUUUUGUGCACAAUGCCUAUCUUCUCAUUUAUGGAAACCUGCCCGACUGUCAUCGAGAACUUCAUAUUAUGUUUUGUUACCAGAAGUACCACCAGACACAGCAGAAACAAAUGCUGUCAUGAGGGUAGACCAACUGCCACAGUUCUCUCAGAUCACACCAGAGCUGUGUGUGUCAGCAUGUGCCAAGCUAGCUAUUGAGUUUGAGACCAAGCUAGAAAAUCAUGUUGAAAAUAUUAAAGAAAUGAAAACAGGGAAAACAUUUGAAAAUGUUUACAAUUUAAUAGAAGAAACCUCUGUACCGCUAAAUACAGCCUGGUCAACAGUCAAAAAUUUGAGUUAUGUCUCACCAGAGGAGAAAUAUAACAAAGCAUUUUCACGGGUCAACCCGCAAAUAGAAAGAGCUAAAAAUGAACGAUGGGUUAAUGAAACACUUUAUUAUUCCUUUAAAGAGCUUGAUGCUAAUGUCAAUCUGAAUGAGUAUCAGAGAAGGUUGGUGGAUCUAUAUCUUCUGGAAGGGAAACUGAAUGGAAUGGAUCUACCAUCGGCAGACAGAGCUCGUCUGCUUGAGCUGGUAAAACUUAUAACACAAGAAAGCAAUAAUUUUAGAAACAAAGUUCGUAUUUGUACUGAAAUGUUCACACAUGAUGUCACAGAUUAUAAACAUCUUGAAGAAAUGCCUUGGCCGCUACUUGUCCAGAUGUCUAGAGAUAGGGACAAUCCGACUGGAGGACCUUGGAGGGCAACCCUUCAACCAGCCAACUACCAGACUAUGAUGACAUACUGCAGCGACAGGAUGACUCGGUGGAACCUGUGGUAUGCGUACCACAACAGAGCGUCUGUCAUCUACUCCACAAAGUUUUUAAACAACAAUAAACUAAUAGAACAGUUGAGAUCACACAGACAAGACUUAGCGCAGAUGCUAGGAUAUGCACAUUUUGUGGAAAUGUCCAUGGAAACCAAGAUGGCUAACUCGGCAGAAAAUGUCCUCAGUAUGAUUGAAACACUUAGGGGAAGGUUUGCUCCUGUGCUGUGGGAAGAAAUGGCUCAGCUUCAGAAGUUUGCUAAUUCAGAGGGUUUCAAACAUAAGCUGGAGAUGUGGGAUCUCAGUUACUGGCAGAGACGACAAAAAGAACACCUCUUUGGGCAAACAAAAGAAAAAGUUGCAGAGUAUUUCCCCUUGAACACUGUGCUGCUAGGACUUUUUGACCUUUGUACAAAGUUAUUUCACAUUACAUUUGAGGAGGUAACACCAAAUGUUGAGCUGUGGCACUCUGAUGUUAGAUUCUUUAACAUUUUGGAUGAGAAUGGUCAACACAUAAGUUCAUUCUACUUUGAUCCAUUUUCAAGGCCUGGGAAAUCAUCUUCUGUCUAUAUGGAUGUUGGUCGAGAAAAAAGUGAUUUGUUGAAAUUAUGGCCCUAUUCCUACUUGUCACUGAAGAUUCCUAGGCCCCCAACUUCUUCUGAUCCUGUGCUUCUUAGGUUUGAGGAUGUGCAAAACUUGUUUCAAGAGUUUGGCCAUGGUCUACAACAGCUGCUGACAACUGUGCCAUACAGUGAAAUUUCUGGUCAGAAGAACAUUGAGUGGGAUGCUGUCCAGGUCUGUUCUAAGUUUCUGCGGUUAUGGCUGACAGAGCCCAGUGUGGUCAAAUCUGUUAGUGGACAUUACCAAACAAGUGAGGUCAUUCCAGACACUCUCUUAUCAAAUACUUUAAAAGCCAGUGUUCACACUUACAACUUUGACAUGAUGUAUCAACUUUAUAUCUCCGCUUUUGAUAUGGAGCUUUACAUGACCAAACCUCAGACGCAGUGGAAGACCAUAAUGCUUCAACUCUGGGAGUCCUAUUUGCCUGUACCAUUCAACGAACAAGAUAACCUCCCCUGUGCCAUGACUCCUAUAUUCUGUGAGAUCUAUCCGGCUGCUUACUACUCCCACAAGUGGUCUGAAAUGAUAGCUGCUGAUUUAUUUGCUGCCUUCAAAGAGGCAGGACUGAACAAUGAAAAGGAAAUGAAAGCUUUGGGAAGAAGGUUCAGAGACACAUUUUUGUCUUUAGGUGGUGGAGUUCCUGCUAGUGAAGUCUUUCGUAGAUUCAGAGGUCGGGACCCAACAACAGAUUCAUUACAGCCUCCUCGAUUUUCUUGAUAGAUCUUCACUGUCUAACUGACAUCCAUUCAAUAUGAAUUUUAUUUUCUUCAGUCCACACCAACAUGUUAAAGAUCAACUUUCAGUGCCAGAUGGAAGAAAAUAUGCAGCAUGUGAGGCCAUUUUCUGUCUCGGAUUAACAAAGCAGUAGUGCCUGAGAAACGCCACAGAUGGAAAUGAAAUUAUAGUAUAAUGCUAGAAAGACUUCAGAUUUGAAAUCAUUGAAUGUGUUGUGGAUGAAUAUUGAACGAAACAAUUUUUUUCUCAAUAUAUUGAGCAUGGUUGUAUUCCCUUGAAAUGUUUUUAUAAAUUCAUCAUGUAUUAUGCUUUACAACAAAAUUGCUGUGUACAUAAUUGUAGCAAUCUGCUUCUUACGCACUUGGAGAUUGUUCCCAUCUAAAUCAUUCACUUAUUGAAAAUAAUGUAGAACAACCCCCCAAAAAUGUUUUCUUGAAAAAGAUAAUUUAAGUUAUCUGAAAUGAUCAAGAAGUUGAAAUCACUGACAGGUUUAGUAACAAAUAGAAAUAAUGCCAAGACAAUUGGCUGACCCAGCUGAGAUAUUUUGUUAACAUUUGACUCAAGUAAAGCCUUUGUUUUCUUCUGUUGAAUGUAUGUUUUCUUGUUAUUGUCUGCGCCAGUCAUAGACAGUACAAUAGGAAUUAUAAGAGUAUAUGUAUAUAGCUUUUAAAAAUAAUAAAAAGUCUUUAGAAAAAAAAGAGUUUAACAAAGUGAUAAUUUUUGUCAGGACCUGUCAGAACUCAUGUCUAUUUGUAGAUAAUUUAAAGUAUUAAUUUGUUUAUUUUUAUGAGAGUGGAUUUAUGGUUACACCUCUAUUCUUGAGAAGGAAAAAUACUUUGUGUUUUUAGAUUUUUUUUUUUAUAUCUCAGGUUCUGCCUUGUGGUCCAUUGAGACAAAUUAACUGACCAGAAUAUUCUGAUAGCUAUGAUUACAAUUUGAUAGUUUCUGAUAGCUAUGAUUACAGUUUGAUAGUACUUGUAGUUUGAAUCAGGAUGGUGUGGGAUGUGUGGCCAAGAGGCUAAGUACACUUGACUUCAGCUUGAGGUGGCCUGGGUUCAACACCCUACUCAAGCAGACUUGUGUUUACUGAGCGCCUUAAGGCUCCACAGUAAACUUUCUCCCAGAUACACCCUCCCACAGGCUCUGAACCUGCUAUAAGCAUGAAAGUAGCGCUAUAUAAAAGUUGCACUAUAUAGAAGUAAUUUUUUAAAAAUUGAAUUAGAUCACUUCUAGGUUUUAACAUUUAUCAUCCUAACUCUCAGCGUUGUUUUUCACAGUUUCAGUUUGAGUCACUAACAAAACAAGUGGUGUAUUUAUUCUACUAUUAGUCUGAUGUGCUAACAGUGAUCAGGUUGAUAUAGAUUAUAACAUCACUUUCUGUUAGUUCUGUAGAUAUAAAAAUUGAAAAUAUUUUAAAACUUAGUUGGUCUGAAUUUAACCAACAAUAAGUUUGUAUUAAAUGGCAUGAAACUUCAUAAGAAAAAUACAAGGUAUUUUUUUUUAUUUGAAUGAAGAAUAUAAAAAGAAUAUUGCUUGCUGGUAUAAAAAAAACAACAUGCUAAUAAUAUUAUGCAUCUUUUUUUUUUUUUUUUUAAGUUGUGUCACUGUUAGAGUCACUGAGAUGUUAUUGUUGAUUUGUCCUUUCAGUGUAAGUAACCUACCUAGUUGUUUACUCUGGUAGGUGCAUAAAGCUUUCAUCCUGUUACAAAAAUAUUCAAACAAAUGAAACAUUUUAUUCAA